ACACAACAUCUAAUCACUAAAAUCUGCUAAUCAAACUCCAACUAAAUAAUGUAGACGUCAGAGAGCAUUGGCUGUCAUCUGCAUAAACUCUAGGCAUUGCAUAAAGAGAGUUAGCAAGAAACUCAGCCUUUUGAACUAAUCCAACUGCGACCGCUUAUCUUUUUAAUUCCCUGCUCUUCCAUUUCUCUGCGGCAUCUGAUCAAACAGCCCGUAGCCCUCAACCAAAUCCCCAACACUCGCAUGCCCAGUGAGCAAAGUCGCGAUUGAGGGCAAAAACGAACUGGGUAAGCUAUUGGGUGAAGCUAACGAUGAGCAGAAGAGGAUGGUAGGCAUGAGAUUGAAAAAAGGUUUGUGCUUUGCAUGGCUUUAAAAUCUCUUCUUCCUCGUUAGGAUUUUCGUCGCACAGGCACAGAGCCUUCUCACCUGACGACAUGUCGUUUUGUCCUCUCCUUAAAACGGCAACUCCUAUUCACUGGUAUAAAUAUAUUAGAGAGACGCCGAAAACCGAAACACGAGAGAUAUAUGGCGGUGUGGUCGUAUCCACCGACGCCCAAGCAGCUGGCGGUGAUGGCGUGCUGUUUCGUGACGGGGGUGGCGCUGUUCGCAGUCGGAGCUCAUCUUUCACUGGCCAACGUGGGCACACAACAGAACCGGGUCAAGGCUCGCAGGAAUUUCGUCAAAGACCGACUAAGAAAGCUCCUAGAUGAUUAAUUGGUUUGAUGCUUUUCGAGCAUUGAAUUUUGUUCCUUUUUGUCUCACAGUUGAGUAAGAAAUGUGAUAUUGUCAACUUGUCAAUUUCAACUCUUGAUUAAGUGAUGUUUUUUUUUGUUCUAAGUUACUUGCCAAUGCCAUAUAAUUUUUCAAGAAAAACCCUGAUCCUCAAAAGUCAAUUCAACCAGCUGUUUGUUUG